AUGGGAACUUUAUCUCUCCUCCCUCUCUCCCUCUGCUCUCCACUGCGCCCCCGUCUGGCCUCUUCACAAACCCAUCUCUGCAACCCCGUUUCCUGGCCACUCGUCUCUUUAACUUAUCCGACGCCAAGAAGACUUCGCAGCAAAAAUGUUGCCUUUGGCAGCAAUUCGAUUGACCCAAAAGAGUCUGAGUUCUUGGAUGAAAACGGAGUUGUUGAUGAUAUGGAUGGCUACAUGAACUACCUUUCUCUUGAAUAUGAUUCUGUUUGGGACACAAAGCCAUCCUGGUGUCAGCCAUGGACAAUUACACUGACUGGAGUGCUGGUGAUUGGUGGUAGCUGGCUAAUUCUGAACUCGGUAGUAAUUACAGUCUUGGCAGCCUUACUAAUUAGCACAUGGUGGUACAUCUUUCUGUAUUCUUACCCAAAGGCAUAUGCAGAUAUGAUCGCUGAGCGGAGGAGCAGGGUGACCAAUGGUGUUGAAGACACCUUUGGUUUAGGGAAGAGCCAGUAA